AUGGCCCUCUUCAAUGGUGUACACUACGCCCUUUCAUCUUCAAUACAACCGGGACGACACAAGGAACUCUCAGCCUUGCUAGAUCUUCACGGUGCAACGAGCGCACCACCACCCACUCAUAUUAUUGCACUUGCUGGAUCGCACAUUCAGGGUGAAUACGAAGGAUCUCUGCAUGUAGUGUCAGACAUGUGGUACGAAGGCAUUGAUGGUCAAUAUGUCAGCGAGCGGUACUAUUCACCUGAUCCAAUCAUGAUUUUUUCAGGUGUUGUUGCAUGCGCCACUGAUCUCUCCCAAUGGGACCUUGAAGUUCUGUCAGCCGGCAUCACCUCAUUAGGAGGGCAGUGGCGAACAGCCCUUACUCGAGAUGUGACCCAUCUCUUCGCAUUGCAUAAGCAGAGCAAUAAGUACCAAACUGCAAUGUAUUUUGCACCAUAUACCGGCAUGUCCAUCCUUACACCACAUUGGUUCGACGAUUCAGUCCAACUUGGGUGUUGUGUCCCUGAGAUUCCUUAUUUAUGGCCCGAUCCUGAGGUCUUGGCUCGGUGA